CAUGCAGCGCGCACAUGCAGCGCACACCUAAAGCAUCUGUGUGCUAUAUUUACUGCGCGCCCAUUAAAAACCUGCACUCGUUUUGUGUGCGGUAAUUGUUGCUAUAGAAAAACCUGAACCCUGUCAUUGUGUGUAAUCUUUGUCCCUGUGACACAAUGGAAACGGUGACAACAAUGAGGAGACCUGUGAUUUGUGACGGGGCCUGCGCUAAAAUGGAACGGAGGAGCUUCCGAUGACAGAUCGUAGCAUAUUCUGUCCUGAUACGCUUCUGGAACCUGAGCGUCAGACACUUUUUCCCUCACAUGUUGCUGAGAGACAGUGGAUCGAGGGCCGAGCGACGGUCGGUGGACGACAGUAACUCGCCGCUGCUUCUGGUUCACUUCCUGUUUAUUUCCACCGCUUCCUUCCCGGCUGAUGUUGAAUCAAUGCUGUGACUAUAGCUGCCUUUGAUGUCUCAGCUCACACGUGACUGGAAUGCCCUCUCUCUCAGUUUAUCUUCGAGUCGGGCGACGCUACCAUGGCUGAGGGAAGCUGCUUCGGCCGGAGCUGUUUGAGAUGACCGGAGCUGGACCAGAGAGGAAGAGGGGAAAGUAGAGGAAGACGGGGCUUGUGAAAGGAAACAUCUGGCCAGAGUGGAUACGAUCUAAAGCACAUCUGGAUCUAACCCAGGAAGAAUAGUGCUGUGACCUUCAAAGGAACUUCAAAGAUUUUUUAUAUACUUUUUACUCCUCGCAUCAGAACGCUCUGCCACCAUGUGCCAUGUCAUUGUAACCUGCCGCUCCAUGCUCUGGACGCUGCUCAGCAUCAUAGUGGCCUUUGCUGAGCUCAUCGCUUUCAUGAGCCCCGACUGGCUGCUGGGCUUCCCUCGCUCCGACUCCGUGGACUCCGUGGAGUACCGGCCGUCUCUGGGCCUCUACAGCCGCUGCCUUCGCAUCGGGGCGCGGGGGGUGGGCGUGAGCUGCGGGCCCUACGCCGGGGCCUUCACGGAGGUGGCCAGCGGCUUCUGGCAGGCGGCCAUGCUGUUCCUGGCAGCCGGCACGCUGGUGCUGGGCUGCGUUGCCUGCAUCUCCAUCUUCAGCCUGUGCUUCCAGAGCAUCCUGAAGAAGAGCAUAUUCAACAUCUGCGGACUGCUCCAGGCAAUCGCAGGGCUGCUGCUGAUGGUGGGCCUCAUGAUGUACCCCGCGGGCUGGGGCUCAGAGAAGGUGACGAGCUACUGCGGCUCCGAGGCGGCGCCCUUCAGGCCGGCGCAGUGCUCGCUGGGCUGGGCCUUCUACGCCGCCGUCGGGGGGAACCUGGCCGCCUUCCUGUGCGCCGUGCUGUCCGCGCAGGCCGAGAUCGCCACCUCCAGCGACAAAGUUCAGGAGGAGAUCGAGGAGGGGAAGAGUCUGAUCUGCCUGCUGUAACUACAUUAUCUUAGAUAGACUGAAUUAAAUGAUCAUAGUUAGAAAUAUAGGCGUCUUGAGAUUCUUUCUUGGGCAGAAAUUGGGUUCUCUUCUCAAAUGAUAAAAGCAGGUUGUAGGAACGGCAUCUGCACCAGUUUGGACCAAGGUAUUGUUUACUUUAGUAGUAAUUACCUGUCGAGGUUUCUAAAUGUUCAAAUGCUCUGAUUGUGUGACACAACAGGAUGAAGACUCGCCUACUCACGUCAGACCUACAAAGGGAGUUGCUCCUGUAAAUAGUUUAUUUGUGGGUCUGUUGCAGUCUAAUAACUGGUGGCGUGUCUGCAGAAACAGAACAGACGCCACGUGUUUCCCUGUGUUAAGCGUUCCAGAGGUGCCCACAGUGAGACAAAGCACCGCAGCGUAACAUGAGGUACAGCAUUUUACAACAUGUAAAGAAGAGCGAGACUAAAAAACAAUUGUCUAGUAUUUACAUAAAAGACUUGCAGCAGCUGGUGUUGUAUUGAUUCCAUGUUACUACACAGUAUUUCAUUCACUUUGUUUCCUUCUCUUUCCAACCACGCUCUGUAAGUUACUGUAAAUGUAGCCGGAUCGCCCUGAUGCUGUGCUUUUGCUCAUUUUAGACGACGUGUGCAAUAAUUCAACUCGUGUGUUUGUUGUGAGAGUGAAUUUGUUCUGUCUGUGCUCAAAUUAAUAUGUUGACUGUCCACUGUUUUUGUUACAUUAACAAAGGAGUAACAGUACCUGUGGCUCAUGGUGUGAGAGGUGGAUACUGUGUGUAUGACGUCAUAGUCUGUGUUUUCUAUUCAAAUAAACCCUCUGAAAGUAAA